UUGCAGAAAAUGACGAGGGUUUGUCUGCAAUUCUCAAUAAUGCUUUAGCUAAACGAGAGGAAAUCCCUUUCAUGGCCGUCGAUUUUGAGGCAGUAGUUACUCUUACAGGAAUUCAGAUUUUCUUUGAUACACUUGUACCUGAGAAUGAAUCUGUAGACAACUUUAAAAUAAAAAUAGAUGAAAUUCUUUGUAAUACUUCAUAUUUACAAAUUUUUACACUCAGUAGUGGUGAUAGGAAGAAAGCUCUCCAAGCUAUCCAAGAUAACAAUUUCGAAACCGCUUCAGACGAUAUGUUUUCAUUUCAUCAUAAAAUAGCUAGAGAAAAUGGAAUCGCAAUUUCUGGUUGGUCUAUGAUAA